CCCUCCGGGCUUUGCUUCCGGGGCAGUCGGGGUGGCCACGUAAUCCUCGGGCUGUGCUCGCCAACCGUGCAGUGGAUGGUGGGAGUCAAGAUGGCGGCGGCUGCAGGGGCCAGUAUUCGAGAGAGACAAACCGUGGCUUUGAAGCGUAUGUUGAAUUUCAAUGUGCCUCAUGUUAAAAAUAGCACUGGAGAACCAGUAUGGAAGGUGCUCAUUUAUGACAGAUUUGGCCAAGAUAUCAUCUCUCCACUGCUGUCUGUGAAAGAGCUGAGAGACAUGGGAAUCACUCUGCAUCUGCUUUUGCACUCUGAUCGAGAUCCUAUACCAGAUGUUCCUGCAGUGUACUUUGUAAUGCCAACUGAAGAAAAUAUUGACAGAAUGUGCCAGGAUCUGCGAAAUCAACUCUAUGAAUCAUAUUAUUUAAAUUUUAUUUCUGCUAUUUCAAGAAGUAAACUGGAAGAUAUUGCAAAUGCAGCAUUAGCAGCCAGUGCAGUAACACAAGUAGCCAAGGUUUUUGAUCAGUAUCUCAAUUUUAUUACUUUGGAAGAUGAUAUGUUUGUAUUAUGUAAUCAAAAUAAGGAGCUUGUUUCAUAUCGUGCUAUUAACAGGCCAGAUAUCACAGACACAGAGAUGGAAACCGUUAUGGACACUAUUGUUGACAGCCUCUUCUGCUUUUUUGUUACUCUGGGUGCUGUUCCUAUAAUCAGAUGUUCAAGAGGAACAGCAGCGGAAAUGGUAGCAGUGAAACUAGAUAAGAAACUUCGAGAAAAUCUAAGAGAUGCAAGAAACAGUCUUUUUACAGGUGAUACACUUGGAGCUGGCCAAUUCAGCUUCCAAAGGCCUUUAUUAGUCCUUGUUGACAGAAACAUAGAUUUGGCGACUCCUUUACACCAUACUUGGACAUAUCAAGCCUUGGUGCAUGAUGUACUGGAUUUCCACUUAAACAGAGUUAAUUUGGAAGAAUCUUUAGGAGUAGAAAAUUCUCCAGCUGGUGCUAGACCAAAGAGAAAAAACAAGAAGUCUUAUGAUUUAACUCCAGUUGAUAAAUUUUGGCAGAAACAUAAAGGAAGUCCAUUCCCAGAAGUUGCAGAGUCAGUUCAGCAAGAACUAGAAUCUUACAGAACACAGGAAGAUGAGGUUAAACGACUUAAAAGCAUUAUGGGACUAGAAGGGGAAGAUGAAGGAGCCAUAAGUAUGCUUUCUGACAAUACUGCUAAGCUUACAUCAGCUGUUAGUUCUUUGCCAGAACUCCUUGAAAAAAAAAGACUUAUUGAUCUCCAUACAAAUGUUGCCACUGCUGUUUUAGAGCAUAUAAAGGCAAGAAAACUAGAUGUAUAUUUUGAAUAUGAAGAAAAAAUAAUGAGCAAAACUACUCUGGAUAAAUCUCUUCUAGAUAUAAUAUCAGACCCUGAUGCAGGAACUCCAGAAGAUAAAAUGAGGCUGUUUCUUAUUUAUUAUAUAAGUGCACAGCAAGCACCCUCUGAGGCUGAUUUGGAGCAAUACAAAAAAGCUUUAAUUGAUGCAGGAUGCAACCUUAAUCCCUUACAAUAUAUCAAACAGUGGAAGGCUUUUGCCAAGAUGGCCUCAGCUCCUGCCAGCUAUGGUAACACUACCACUAAACCAAUGGGUCUCUUAUCACGAGUCAUGAAUACAGGAUCACAGUUUGUUAUGGAAGGAGUGAAGAACCUGGUAUUGAAACAGCAAAAUCUACCUGUUACUCGUAUUUUAGACAAUCUCAUGGAGAUGAAGUCAAACCCUGAAACUGAUGAUUAUAGAUAUUUUGAUCCCAAAAUGCUGCGGGGCAAUGACAGCUCAGUUCCAAGGAACAAAAAUCCAUUCCAGGAGGCAAUUGUUUUUGUGGUGGGAGGAGGCAACUACAUUGAAUACCAAAAUCUUGUUGACUAUAUAAAGGGGAAACAAGGCAAACACAUUUUAUAUGGCUGCAGUGAACUUUUUAAUGCUACACAGUUCAUAAAACAGAGCAUCUGGAACCAGACUGCCUGAGUUCAACUGCAGCCUUAACUCUCAUUGACUGUGCGGCCGUGGGCAGGCUAUUUAAUUUCUGUAAACUUCGAUCUCAUCGUCUCUAAAAGCAACUUCAUAAAGUCGCUGUGCCGAUUACAUGACAUCAUCCAGGCAAGUGUCCUUUCCAGGGUCUGAAGCUCAGGGCAUGUCAGCUACGAGUAGGUUCUGCCCUCUAAGUUCAAAAGGCAGGACGGUGCCUUCCCUUCAGGGGGCUGCCAACUCAUCCACACAGAGACCUUGACAGCCACAAGGUGCCGUGGGCUGUUUCGGAGUGGUUCUCACAAGCCUGCACCCGGAACUGCCCCUCCACACUGCCAUCUUUGGGCUCUACGUGGCCACCUCAGAGACGUCCCAAGACCUUUCUAAAGACUGGUGUCACUGUUGUUCAAAAGGCCGCUCCGGCCGUCGCACAAGCUCUAGGGCAUGGGCAUAAAAUUCUGUAGACAGCAAGGCAAGAUUCGGUAGCCCAUUCUGCACCCCCCCAGCUGCUCAAAGUUGGGCUCAAAGGCACAGCCCCCCACGUGUACACAAUCGUAUUCCUCCGGUCAAGGGGGCACGUCUCCCUCACCAGCCUCUGUGUGGGCAGCAGUUCAAGUAUCUCCUCUUGGAGUACGACAAAAUGUCCCACCUUGUCUCCACGCUGUAGUAACAGGAAGGGAAGGAAGGAAGUCAACCAAUUUUGUCAGGCUUCAGGUGCCACCUGUGAUUUGCUCUGCAAACCUCCUGGCACGGAGUCCGACGUGACCAGCCCCGUGUGGUCUGCCAGUAGGUAAUGUGUGCCAACUCUCACCUCCUCCCUGGCUGCCCGUGUGGACAAAUCCACCAGUGUCUACACCCCGUGUAUCUGCCUUGGCAUGGACUCUGAAACCUGACACGACAUGAAGAGCCUGCUCCCGGGUCUCAGCGAAGACCAGGAUCCAGCCUGAUACGCCCUGGCAUUCCGGCUCCCUGAAGUCAGAGAAAUGUUUGACAGCCAUCAGCCCUCAUGCGGACAUCAGGGCAGAGCCAGCCCCAGAGCAAUGCUUUGGCUCCAGAGCACACGAUGCUCAGGUUUCUACCGAACUGUUCGUGUUUGGAAGCAAAGCAAUCAAAAAAGGUGAGAGUGGAGUAGACCAUGUUGACUCUGAAGCUGGUAAAAAUAAAGAUAAUGAUUUUCAAAGAGAAGAAAUCAGCUCCUGCCUGAAAGGCACCUUUAUCCUCUGUCCUCUUUCGGCCUCAACUCUUCUCCCUUGGUGUUGGCUUUCCCUGCUCCACUUCCUCCCAUAUCCCAGCUUCACAUCAAAAGGGAACUCCAUGGUUGAUAGAUUUACCCCAAAUGUACACAGAAAAUAGAUGCCCAGGGAUAAGCAAAAUUAAAGGAGCUUGUCCCACCUGCUUUUAAGUAUUCCAGUUUGUGUUCUCUCUGGAGGCUCUCGUGCACGCUCAUCAAGGAGCUAGAGCACUGGAUCAUGGGACCUCGGGCUAUGUCUCCAUCUCUGCAUGUGCAGACUGCACGCCCUCUUUUCAAAAACUGUACUGAAAUUAUUUCAUUUUAAAGGAAAGAAAAGAGAGAGGAUGGUAAUAAGUGAAUAGAGCACAUCAGGGUUUGGGAGCCCUUGCCUUAGUAUUCUCUUCGAUAAAAGCUUCUGAGACGGGGCGCCUGGGUGGCUCAGUUGGUUAAGCAACUGCCUUCGGCUCAGGUCAUGAUCCUGGAGUCCCUGGAUCAAGUCCCGCAUCGGGCUCCCUGCUCGGGAGGGAGUCUGCUUCUCCCUCUGACCCUCCUCCCUCUCAUGCUCGCUGUAUCUCAUUCUCUCUGUCUCAAAUAAAUAAAUAAAAUCUUUAAAAAAAAAAAAGCUUCUGAGACUAUGAAAUUAAAGCCACUCAGAAUUGAAGGGGACCCCAACUGACCCAGCCUAACUGCUCAAAUCCCCUCUAUGACCCCUCCUCCAACCUGGCCCCCACCCAGGCCAACAGCCCUCCAGGCGUGGGACUGUGCUUUCCUCCCGAGGCAACCAGCGGCAUCCUCACAGCGCAGAGCCAAACUACAAGAGAGCUCCGGAAUGCCACGUUCAAAUAUGCGCCGGCACGGCAAACCGCUGACACCAUGUUUUCACCUGACCAUACAGAUGACGAUCUGGCUUAAAGAAAAUGCUUCUCUGGGGCGCCUGGGUGGCUCAGUCAUUAAGCGUCUGCCUUCGGCUCAGGUCAUGAUCCCGGGGUCCUGGGAUCGAGUCCUGCAUCGGGCUCCCUGCUCGGCGGGAAGCCUGCUUCUCCCUCUCCCACUCCCCCUGCUUGUGUUCCCUCUCUCACUGUGUCUCUCUGUGUCAAAUAAAUAAAAUCUUUAAAAAGAAAAAAAAAGAAAACGCCUCUCCAUCAACCAUCAGAGAGCAGGUAAUUCUAAAACUUCACAUGUGUCUAUAAAAAAGUCUUCUUGCAGAGAGAAGCCUCACAAAUUCUCCUCAGGUCUUCCUGGUCACAGAGGGACUAUGAACCAUGACACAGUAUUUAUGAGUUCCACUUGCCGGAAGUCAUCUCCUCUGUGGAGCAGCAUGGGUAGUCAUGAGGAACAGAAUCCACAAAUAGACUUACAAUAAGCAGGUCUGCUGGCAUCCUCCCAGAUGAAAGGCACCUGCCACCAUGAGGACAAACCACUAGAAAAGCUUUGUCAUCGCAGGAAGAUUCAGGCAUCAGAUCGCAGCCAACGUUGCUUUUGCUUGUCUCCUGUUUUCUCUGGUGCCCAUGGACCCGAAGAAGCGGGCCCCUGGUCGUCAGUACGC